CGGCCUCAGGUGCCGUGCUCGGAGAUUCCAGAUACCGGCACCGUGAGCUUUCCUGCUGGUUCAGCCUCUCAUAGGGACUGGACAGAGGAACUACCCUCAGCUCCCUGUUAGGACACCAAAUCUUAAGAAGACCAAAACCGCGGAUGGAAAGGAACUCUCCGGGUGGUACAGGUCUCGUGCACGUGCCACUGGGAUAUAUUGUGGCUAAUGAGAAGUGGCGCGGGUCCCAACUGGCUCAGGAGCUGCAAGGAAAAGUUAAACUCACGUUUGAGGAGGGUCUGCCAUUGGCAGAUUUUUACCUGUCCAGCAGAUCUUGCAUCCUCUAUGUCACUGAGGCGGAUUUGGUGGCCGGACAUGGCUACAGAAAGAGACUUGUUCGUGUUAGAAAUUCUGGGCAUCUUCAAGGGAUCGUAAUAGUUGAAAAAACGCAGAUAAGUGACCAGUACUUCUCAGCAGUCCAGAAGUUUACCGUGCUUUACCUUGGGAUGGUGUUGCUCCCAGUGGCCAGCCAGUUGGAAGCAUCCUGCCUCAUUAUCCAGCUGGUUCAGGAGCAAACCAGGGAGCCCAGCAGGAACCCUUUCCUCAGGAAGAAGCGGUGUAUGCUCUCUGAGCUGUCCCUUGUUCAGACGGUGCAGCAGAUCCCAGGGGUGGGAAAAGUUAAGGCUCCUCUUCUGCUCCAGAAGUUUCCGACCAUCCAGCAACUGAGUAACGCUUCCGUCCAAGAACUCCAGGAGGUUGUCGGACUUGCGGUAGCACAGCAAAUCCACACCUUCUUCACCCAGCCGCGGUGACAGCAGCCCCGCAGCUAACUUUUCCUCCUUUAGAAACUACAGCAUCUGGUUUCGUGCUUAAAAAGGAAGAAAAAUGUCCUCCUCUCACUGGCAUCAAGCGAAAGACAAAGCGAGGACCGAUGGCGCUCGCCUGCCUUGUUGUCCGUCCCGGAGCGACCUUAUGGGCCUCGGGUACCGUGGGUGGCCCUACCCGCUCUCUGCUAAGAUGAAAAGGAUCCCGAGGGGAUAUCUAGAGAGAGCCAAAGUCACUGCAGCAGCAGCAGCCAGCUCGAGCAGGUUUCUAUGCGCACCUUCCCUUGCAGCUGCCAUUGAGAGGUCCUGUGAGGUUCCAGGCGCUGGCUGUGAGGACCGGGCACCGUGGGAGUGCCCGUGUUCCCAUGUCAGGGUCACAGCUCAGGUCCUCUCCGCACACGGCAGGUACCCGUGUUCUGGAGUCCCUGCCAAUGUAAACAAACGCCUCUCUUCUUCCUGCUUCCUCCCCUCUCAACACAAUAAAAACAUUUUGUGCCUUAGACGAAUAACAGUUCAGAAGAAAUAAUUCAAACGAAAUAAAAGCAAAGAAAAAAAAUUUUUUUUUUUUUUGAUUUUUCGAGACAGGGUUUCUCCGCAGCUUUUUGGUUCCUGUCCUGGAACUAGCUCUUGUAGCCCAGGCUGGCCUCGAACUCACAGAGAUCCGCCUGCCUCUGCCUCCCAAGAGCUGGGAUUAAAGGCGUGCGCCACCACCGCCCAGAGCAAAGAAAAAUAUUAGCUCAAACAAUGAAGCGACUAUUUAUUUAAAUAUGUAUACAAACAGCCCCGGGGACAGUGGAGACACUUUCCUAAAGGCAUUUGCUUUCUUAAGAUAUUGCACAAUAGAAAAAUAAUUAAAUCCUUGUGACUUCUCCAAUUAAGAUGCACAGGCUACCUCUUUAAGCAUAUCACUUAAACUAUGUCGACCAUGACUACAGAAAAAGAGUCACAGCGUCAUCCAACCUAUAGCCCCAAAGUCAA